AUGUUGGGCCCGCAUGUUUCAUUGAGCAUCGCUCAGAUCGUCUUCUUCGUCCCUAUUGUCUUCCUAGCGAUAUGGCUCGUAGUCCGCAAUUGGUCAAAGCAUCCACGCAUGGCCUGGUGGCCCAUGGUACCUUUUAGCUUGAUUCGACUCGUAGGAGGCCCUAUCGUCAUCGCGCUCGGGAAUGACCCUUCGAACAUUGGACUUAUCGUAGCCGCCAUUGUUCUCCUCAACGUCGGAACUAUUCCCCUGAUCGUUUCUAUGUCCGGAUUCUUCAGGAUCAUCUUGAUGGACAACUACCCUCCGUCUAAACGUACCCAAGCCGCCCAUAAGCUACUCCGAAUUGCAAUCCUCAUCGCUACUGGCCUUCUCAUCGGCGGCGGCAGUAUCAUCAGCCAAGAUUCAAAGACCACCCGUGACAUUGGGCGCACCUUGCAGCUUGUAGGAUACGCCGUUUUUGCAGCCCUGAUCUGCUUCUUCUUUGGCGCUCAUGUUCGCUUCUUCCGCAUGAGGCACUCAUUCAUUCCCACCAGCCGCAAGGUCAACCUGGCCGCUCUUGCCGCUCUUCCAUUCUUGGCUCUCCGCUGCGCCUACGGAAUCCUGCAGGUGACCUUUGAGUUCAACGCGGCCACCGUCUGGAACCCCGUCUACGGCUCCGCCGUCGCCUUUGCCUUUAUGGGCUUGGUCGCCGAGUACAUUGUGGUCCUCAUCGUCCUCUACACCGGAUUCUCAAUGCCCCCUGACCGAGGUACCACGCAACAAGGCGCACCGGCCCUCAACAAGGCUGAUAGCCCCGGCCAAUCUGUUUAA